AUGGCUCUCAGGGAGGAAAACUUUGUCGUUCUCCAUUCAGGAUCAUGGAACACCAAGGCCGGCAUCAACGUCGUCGAUACUAACAAGCCCCCGCACGUGACGAUACGCUCGCUUGUAGGGUCAAGAGCGGUUGCACCUGAGCCAACUGAUAUCGCAGAGUCUGAGACCGCUACAGCACCGACAACUGUUGAGACUACUUCCGAGACUUCUGCAUCAGAGACUGUCAGUGGUGCUGACAUCAAAGUUGAAAAGACCGAGCAGGCUACCGAGGGCGCUGUCGAGACCAAGGAACAGGCAAAGGAGAACGAUAGCAACAAACCUCAGACGAUCUACUACUGCGGAAGCGCAUUGACCGAGGCCAUGCAGCAAUACCCAGAGAGCGAACUCACAGUCAGCACACCCAUCCAGGAUGGAAUCGUCAAAGAUUGGGCUGCGAUGGAGGCACUCUGGCGCCAUGUGUUGUUCAGAGAGCUCGGGAUUAAGCGAUCCAGGAACGCAUCGCCUGUGUUGAUGGUCGUCCCCACAGACUGGACCAAGGAGGAGCACGAGCGGAUCACACAGAUCUUUUUCGAAAACUUUAAUGUCCCUGGACUGUAUCUUGCAGAGGAACCCUUGAUGACCCUUUAUGGCUGCGCGGCAGUGACUGGACUCGUCAUUGACAUUGGACACAACAGCACAGAAAUCACACCCAUCCUUGACACCCAGAUCCAACGCCACGCCAUUCAAUCGAUCCCAUUAGCCGGCUCGGACAUUGACAAGCACUUUUUGGAACUCCUCAAGGGCGAUGCUCAGCUUGCUCGUGAAUACGGAGAGCCAUUGGAUUUGGAGUUUGCUCGGCAUUUGAAGGAAUCAGGAAUUUGCCAAGUUUUGAACAAGGACGAGAAGGAGAACAAGACCAGGGCACAGGCUGAAUACAACGGCAAGAAGUUCACUGUCGGCUCAGUGAGAUAUAAGGCUGUGGAGGCACUGUUCAACCCUGAUCUUGUCGGAAAGCGUGUGCAAACCUUGAUCGAGGCGAUCCAUGCCGCACAGUACGCCUGCAAAGCCGAGAAGCGUCAGUCAUUAUGGGAGUCGAUCAUCGUCACAGGAGGAACAUGCCAAAUUAAAGGUCUGCAAUCCCGCAUUGAGAGCGCGCUGUCAGAGUCGUUGGCAGUUUCUGAAAACUUUGGAGAGUUCCAAGUGCGCGAUGUCAAGUUCUUGAAGGUUCCCGACUACUUCCCUGCCUUGAAAGACUCGAUUGUCCACGCUGGAUUCCUUGGUUCCGAGAUUGUUGCCAAGUUGAUCUUCCCGGAUCCCCGCAAUUACAUCAACAAGGUGGAUUACAACGAGAGCGGACCCAGUGUUGUGCACACGAAAACCUUUUAG